AUGAGUGGCCUGCGGUGCGCGCCGUGCCGCGGCUCGCUCCCGGCGCUGCUGCUCUCGGCGCUGCUGCUGCUGCCGGGCGCUCGCCUCGCCCGCGGCGCGCAUCCCGUACUCUGCGCCCCCUGCAUCCCGGAGAGGCUCGCUCUGUGUCCGCCUGUCCCGCCCGACUGCCCGGAGGCUGCCCGGCAGCCGGGCUGCAACUGCUGCCAGAUCUGCGCCCUCGGGCCAGGGCAGCCCUGUGGGGUCUACACCGCCCGCUGCCGCCUGGGGCUCCGCUGCCACGUCCCGGCGGGGGAGCCCCGGCCCCUCUCCGCCCUCAUCCAGGGGCACGGGACGUGCUUGCCCACCAGGGAGGUCGGAAGGAUGGGCACGGAAGAGCCGGCAGAUUCUAUAGAACCUGAUGAUAUGCCUUUGGAAAGCACUGAAAUAACACAGGAUCAGCUGCUGAACUAUCAGUUGAUGUUUCCCAUAGGCCAGGAUAAAUCCAUUCCCUGGAAUUCCAUCACUGCAUAUGAAAAUAUGAAAGCGAAGAGAAUAUCUGAACUCAAGAAAUGGAAAGAGCAGGGUCCUUGUCAGAAGGAGCUCUACAGAGCCCUAUAUAAAUUGGUGAAGGCUCAGCAGAGAAGCAGAGGGGAGAUUUACAAAUUUUACUUGCCCAACUGCAACAAGAAUGGAUUUUACCACAGCAAACAGUGUGAAACUUCACUGGAUGGAGAAUCUGCUGUAUGCUGGUGUGUCUAUCCAAAAAACGGUAGAAGAAUUCCUGGAUCUCCAGAAAUUAAAGGAGACCCAGAAUGCCAACAGCAUGUCAGCUCACAAGAAAAAAACUAAACUCCAAGGUUUUUCACAUCAUAUUUUCUGUGGGGCCUGUUAUAGUCAGGAACCAUUCCAGUCAGGAGCCAUUUCAUUAAGGUAGUCUUGUGCACCUGAUUUUGAGUGUAUGAGUAACGCCAUAAAAUAACAUUUUUACCGCACUGAGAUUGCCUACAUGUUGAAGUGACAAAUGCAAGCAACUGCAAGAUUAAAUCCUAUAAUCUUGUAUAUUUUGUUUGUAUAACAUUAUAUACAUGUGUAAAGCUGAUGAAUUAUUUAUUGUGCACUGCAUGUAUUUUUGUCUCUAUGUGUUGUUACUAAUUUAUAUUCUCAAACACUUCAAAACUUUAUAUUUAAAUACUUAAUAUUAUUGAGCUUAAAUAUAUGCAUCACCUUGGAGGAAUGUUGCAACUUGAGACUACAAAUGGCAUAGCUAUUGGGAAAAAAUGGCUUGUAAACUUGCAUUUUUGUACUACGUAUUUAUAGAUGCAAAAGUGAACUUUAAAAAAUAGUUUUCAGUAGAAAGCAUGCUUAGAAACUUAUUUUAAACCUGUUUUGUAAACAUAUUAUGUUACUUUUGCACCUCUGUUUCAAUGCCAAGCUGUUUCUUAAAAAAAACUAUAUACUGAAGUUCCUGAUGAGAUAGUAUUUGUAUCUCUUUUUUUAACAUGUGCACUGGAUAAAUGGCAAAACACAAUAUGAUAUCCUGCACCACCUUUGACAGGUGUAAGUCAUUCAUAAUAUUGACAAUAUUAUUUAAAAUGAGCUAUUAAAAGUCUUCUGCUCUGCCCUUGUCUCUUGUUUUCUGCGAGUUUCCCUUUGAAAGUCUGACCUCAGCAGGAAAACAGGCAAAAGACUUGCAAUCUGCCUCCUGAAUGCCAUGCUCAUUUUACCUUCAAAGAGUUUCCUUCAUUUGGUCUUCCUGCCCCAUUCCCCUAGGCCUGUCCUCUCCUCGAGUCCCAGCUGUGCCAUGCAAGCCUCUGCCUUGGGCAAAACAGCAGCCUCCAAGGGAAGUUAUUAAAAAAUUUUCUGGAUAGGAAAGCUGGAUACCUUUCUCCACUCAAAAGCCCAAGGCAGCAGUAUUAGUACAUUUACAACAUCAAGACUAGAAAGAGCCAUUUCCUGCACAGAAAGUCAGAGGUUAUAAAAAGGAGGCUGGGAAAAACCCAGCCUGACACUUUUUUUUCUAAAAGUAGAGAAGAGGGUACUCUUGGCUUGGGAUAUGGUCCAUUUCCCUACCGUACUUGUUCCUUUGACUUAGUGAUUGCAGAGAAAAAGAGAAUGCAAGUGACUGCCAUUCUGGCUUAAAGUUGAUUUUGUCCAUGGAGAAACUGAUGUGAGAGUAAACAAGUCCCACAGUUGAAAACAGUCAGCAUCAACCCUUCCUAUAAAAACAGCUGGGGAGAAGAGUGACACCAUUUUCUAAGUCUAGCAGAAAUGAAAGCCUAAAAUCCUCCUGCCAUUUCUUGGCACAAACUUUGAGUUUUAAAUGGGAGAGGGAAGCUGCUUGUUGAAACUGCAAAGUGAAAGCGUGGAGAUCUCUGCUGUCCCUGUCAUAUUUCUGUGGCUUCAUACUGUGCUUGCUGACUGUGUUGGCUGUAUCUGCAUGCCAAUGUCCGCCAAUCCGAUGGAGGUCUAUUAAACCACUCUAGAUUUAAAAGUAGGGAUAUACUACUGACCUCUUUUGUGAAGUCUUUUGAGAUCUUCCCAAGGAAAGCACUACAUAAAAGCAGUCAAUGGUAUUGGUAUUGUAAGUAACUAAUGUCUGUAAUGACCUACUGUGAGACCUGGCUAAAACUGUGUUACAGUACCACAUUCACUAUGUCCAAAUGCUUGGCAGUCGCUGUAUCAAAAUAAUGAAGAAGCAGCAAGUUUUGGAGUCCUUUUCAGGGAAUCUACUCAGCACUGAACAAUUGUCAUGGCAUUGCUAAGGGAAAAUGGUGAAGAAAGAAGGGGAAAUCAAAGCCUCACAGCUACAGCACACUCUUAUGAGUACUCCGACUGCUCUCACCCCAUAGACCUUGUGCAAAGGUUUAUCUCUAAAGAGCAGAAAUUGAUUCUUUUUGUUAUAUAUAUAGGGGAAGAAUUCAUAGUUUAUUUAAUAAUAGCAUUUAAUAAUGCUAUUCUGGACUAUUAUUUAAUAAUAGUCCAGAAUAGCAAUCCAGUGGACAGCUACUUCCAGUGUUUUGCAGGGUGGAAGGUUCCAAUCCUAGCUGAAAAAAAUUGGAGUUUUCAGUGGAGAUAGGGGUUUAGGAGAUACUCUUUCCUCUAAUUGUUAAGUACCAGAAGCAGAAGUUACUUUACACAACAUUCAGGAAUGACUGGUCAAUUUCUAAGAAGUUUUUAGCCCCUUACUUACCACUGUAAGUAGCAGGGGAGGAGUGCCUCCUUAUCUGCAAUCUGGCCUCCUAAUGACAUCUUGCCAGGACUCACCAGGACAGACAUCUUCUCAGCUGCUCUGGUAUGAGCUGUCUGACUAGGACCAGAUUCUUCCAUAUACUGGGAUUAGGACUAAUGCAAGGAAGCAAAGCAGGCGAAUUUUAUCUUCCCUAUAAAAAUGCUGCCAGGAACUUGGACUACAUUUACACCACAGAUGACACAUCUUGCUUUUGUCCUAAUUUUUUAUGAUCAGCUUCAAAUAUCAGGGUGAAAAAUGAAAGGUUUUCAGUUUUAAUUUGCUUUUUUUUUCUGUUUGUGGAGCAGUUGAUUUUGUUGUUUUGGUGGGAUUUGGGUUUUUUGUGUGAUUGUUGUUUUGAUAGUUUUCCUUUCCUUUCCUUUCCUUUCCUUUCCUUUCCUUUCCUUUUCCUUUCCU